AUGAAGGACAGAUUGUUCUGGCAUAGUUUCAUGACUGAUGACCAUACACCACUGGAAAUGAGUUGGAGCUGGUCCGACGAUAGCGAUACACCAGUCGUUCGAUACGCAGCCGAGCCCAUAGGUUGGCUUGCAGGCACUGCGUCAGAUCCAUUGAACAGCAAAGCCACUGUUGUCUGCCUCGGAGAUACUCUUCCCUGGGCUCCGAGUUUAGAUCUCAAAUGGUACAAACACUUCUUGAGAAGUCUUGUCGCUGACACCAAGGACGAGCCGUCGGCGCGGCCUUUGGCGGCAGAGCCACUCUCGCAGACCUUUAUCGCAUUCGAUCUGGAGAAAGAGAGCAUGACGGUAAAAUACUAUUUUCUUCCGUCAUUAAAGUCGGCUGUUUGUCACAAAACAAACUUCGAGCUGAUUGAAGAAAGCAUUUUGAAAAUGCCCGAAGCCGACAACUCUGUGACCUCCUGCCUGGACACAAUCACCACAUAUAUACGCUCCCAAACUCCCGACAAUCAACUGCAUGUUGAGAUAUUCGCAAUCGAUUGCGUGAGUCCAGCCGAAUCCCGUCUCAAAAUCUACGUUCGGUCAAGAAAUACAACCUUCGACGGCAUGCUUGACGUCAUGACUCUCGGGGGUCGCACGUCCAAGUUUGCUGAUGAGACAGUUGGAUCUUUGAGAGAACUUUGGUGCGCCUGUUUUUCUGUAGAAAAUACAAAAGAGGCCAUGUCGCAGCCACUGAAAAACAAAAAUCACCGUACAGGAGGUCUUCUUUACUACUUUGAGUUGAAGCCGGGGGCAAAAAUGCCAACCUCAAAGGUUUACCUGCCAGUCAGACACUACGCUGAAUCCGAUGAUCAAGUUGCGCGAGGAUUAUCAGAUUAUCUCUUGAAGCGAGGGAAAUGCCUGAAUGGAAGAUUACCAUACUAUGACGGGGUUGCCAAGCUAUGGUGA